AUGAUGGAAAAAGUUCUUCGAAAUGGGCCGUUACAGUUUUACCAAUACUAUUUGAAUGAACUGGAACCUAGAGAGGAGCCCGAUGAGAUCCAAGUGACUGAGGAGAUUGCUAGAUUUUUGGUGAGUACAAUUACAGCCGAGCCCUUCAUGCAACAAUUUGCAAUUAACUAGAACAUACUCGUUGGAAGGUCAAGUUUCUGGACGCAACAGUCAGUAAAACUUUUGUUUUAGCACAGUGCUUGUCGCCGAUUUCAGUCCGGCGAUUUCCCGGAAGGCCUAGUAUCAAACCUUUUUUUUUUCUUUUCAGCUUUCCUCCCGCCGGAUCCACAACACACUAUACGUCACAUCUCAAAGUAUUUACGCAUGGGACGACGGAUUUUCGGUUGGACAAGACGACAUUAACUACUUCCAUCAAAAUCCAAUCAUCUUGGCGACCUUAUCCUUGUUGCAUCUUGGGAAGGAUCCCUGUUUUCGAAUCGUCAGAAACGACGCAAUGCAGGAAGGUGGAGACGUACGGAUGAUCCUGAAAUUUAUGUAUUGGGCGAAACGCAAGUUUCCUUGUAAUUUUCGUACUUUUGGGGAAUUCUAUCCAAAAUUUUCAGGGAAUUCAUUCAACUUUCUACUGCAUUCGGAAUUGCAAGACAAGGUUUUAUCUCAAGUGAUGGACGACCUCGGUUACGAAUACGAAUACUUUGACAGGUUUGGUGACAUCAACUAUUUUCACUACGUACAAGAUCUAAAUGAAGUCCUCAACAAGUCCGCGGAAGACCAAAUCACCGUCUUCAUAUACUUUAAACCAACAGAAGGCAAGCAUCCUUGUAGAAAAGUGUGUAAGUCUAUGUUAUUAGCUGGAAUUUGUAUAGUGAAGCUAAUAUGUAAUUUGGUUGAGCCCGAACUCUCCUCUUCCGAAUACACUCACUUGUUUUGAAAAUUGAAAAAAGUAGGGAGUGACAUGUUAUACGACAAAAAAGAUUCAAAUUGAAAAAAUAAGGCGUGACAUGUUAUACGAUGAAAAUUUUUUUAUAAAUCGAAAAAAGUAUAACAUCGUCGUAUAACAGUCCUACCUAUUUUUUUAUUUUUGAAAUGGGGGUGUUCACGAAAAGGGUGAGUUAGGAUUUUUUUGGUGAAAAUCAAAAAAGGUGGAUAGCUCGGAUUGGGGGAGAGUUUGCCUGCAACGAAUAAUUUUGAUACCGUUGUAUUAUAGAUUUACACGGCUUAUUUGGUCAUCCAAAAAUGACGGCGCUUACUUUGGUCAACUGUGACGGUUUUGUCUUAUGUCAGUAUUUACCGUAAGCGUUUUUCCUACGAGUAUUUCCACAAAUGGCGUAGACUUUUUUCGGGGUUUUAUCGCUUAUAAGCUUUCGGUUUCAGAUUUCCCCCGAUGCCGAACUUACAACGAAUUUAUGCAAGAAUGCCUUUUGGAUCAAUUGAAUCGACAUUUGCCUUCCCAUACUACCACGACCUUUUAGCCGACUUCGAACUGAAGGCUCCGCUCUGCCGUCUAAGAUUCGAUCGGCGAAUAGACGUGACAGCAGCCAGUUAUGAUGUGCAUCUCGGCGUGCUUCAGCAAUUAGCGACGGCAAUGAAGAACACGAUUGAGUUGGCGUCAAGGUUUAAAAAUGUAUAUUUCAAUCAUGUAGUACAUGUAUACUUGCCGGAGACUGUAAGUGUUUUCUGGCAUUGGCAGAACUACGGCCAAAGUCUGUUUUUUUUUGACUUUUUGGUUUGCAAAGCUCCGCUGCAGACGACACUCCCCCAAUCCGAACUCCCCCUUUUUUCGAUAUUUACCAAAAAAGCCCGCACUCUGAAUUAAAAAUUUUUUGUCGUAUAACAUGUCACAUCUAAUUUUUUCAAUUUGAAAAAAUUAUUCAUCAUAUAAAAUGUCACACUUUACUUUUUCAAUUUGAAAUAAAAUUUCAUCGUAUAACAUGUCGCACCUUAUUUUUUCAAUUUAAAGUUUUUUCAUCGUAUUACAUGUGAGAGUCAGAAACAGGGGGAGAGUUCGGGCUCAAUCAUAAAGAUCGUUGAAUACCUCGUCUUCCUUUGCAAAGCGCAAGCCAAAAUUUUCAGCAAUUGACAUGCGGCCUGACGUGUCGAACAUAAAAUCUCCAGCAUUUCCCGUACGCAGUGUACCAAUUUUAGGCGCAAUCGCAUCGCGAUGUAUGGCAACAUUUUGUCGAACAGCUGACUCCAUUGCGUGAAAUUAAGUUUGAGAAAAACUGUUGGAAGUACCUUUUGGCGGACGUUUCGGUUUUUAAUGGCGUAAGUCAUCGUCACAAUUUUUGUUUAUUUUUUUGGUUCUGCGAAGAAUUCAGCAUUUUUUAGGAGGAUACCGGAUUACGACUCGAGCUCGAAUACUACUUUAGAGAUGUCUCUUGGGAGCUGGGAGGUCAAGUCUUGCGGAUUCACGACCAGUGAAAUUUCUUGUUCUAUAUCGCAUUGUAUUCUAUUACAUAUUACGCGCGCGCUCCUAUAAUCGGAUCACCCUCGAUUACGACCUGCUGUUUGAACUAAGUUUUUGUACUUGAAGGGUUACACUCGCUUGCGAAGAGGUUUAGAUGAGCUGUAGGGAGUUGCCUUCUUUUAAGUAAUCUUGAAGGUUUCGCUGCAGAGAUUGCCACGGCCGAAAUUUCGGCUCCGGCUUCCAUGUAAAACUUAUAGCCCUUGAUAUUGGCAAAUUAUUCAAAACGAUGAGUCAUAAUCGCAGGGUUUCAUUUGUUUUUGAUAAUAAAGUUGUUUUACUAUCCUACUGCAUUGCUAUAUAUUUAUACUGUUCUAAAAAAUAAGUUUUUUGAGUUGCCACAACUCUUGUUUUUUCCUUCAAAUCAAACGUAAACAGCCGUAAACAACGUUGGGUGGGUCAGUUAUCUUUUUCGAUUCGGAAAAAAGAGCUAAAAAUUUAUUUUUCGCCCUUUCUUUUGCUCCAAAAUCCGUAGUUUUGCAAAUUUUAGAGGAAUUUUGGGGCUUUAAGCGAUUCUUUUGAGAUUUAGGACAAGCUUUUGUUAUUUUUUGAGCGUUCGAAUACGGGUUUUUCAAGAGAAAAAUAGGCCGAUGUUAUCCAUUGGUAACCUGUUUGGUAGACCUCAUUAUAUUUGGCUUUGUGACAGUCCGACCAUUCCAAUAGCUCUAUUAUGGCAUGGUCAUGGCUAGUACUUCCAGCCGGCUCUGGAAAAUCGACUACCAGCCGGACUUGAGCGAAAGUCGGAGUAAGUAUUUAAUAAUAAUAAUUUUUGUUGUGUUUGCAUUUGCAGUGGAAAAAUGAAUCGUGUUUUGUGCGUGCUGCCACACCUCUGUUAUAUAAUUUGCUGCACAAUCUGUUUUAUUUUGAUUUGAAUAAAAAUUUCUCAUAACGAGGACUGUCUAAAACAUAUAUGAUUUACUAACACAGUGCACGGCAACCCAGGGAGUCUCCUGCCUCGUUUCUGUACUUCGCACGCCCAUGAUCGAUAUAAUUCACACGAAAUGUCACAAUAGAAUUUUCUUGCGGUUUUCCGGUGGAAAAACAUUUUUCUCGAAAUCAUUUUGUUCCUUUUGUCAAUUGUGACACUUCGUUUGGACGAAACUCAAAAGUGGGCGGGAGACAUUUUUGUUCUAUUUCGGGUUGCCGUGCAGUGCUUAUUUCUUGCUUCUUCUGUUUCUAUAAUAGUUAACGCGGCUUUAUGUUUUAACAUUUAUAUUUUAUCGUAUGCACACAAGGUACGACUUUAUUUCAUUGUGUGCAGGAUGUUGGAAAAAGUUCUUCGAGCUGAGCCAUUACGAUUUUACCAAUAUUAUUUGGGCCCACUGGACGAGAUUGAUGAUGUAAUUGUGACCCAACUGACUGAUAAGGAUAUUCGAUUUCUGGUGAGUGGAAGUCGUCUUAAUGAAACUUGGCAUUCCUUCUUUCAGCUCUCAUCCAGCCGCAUCCACAGUACACUAUACCUAAAAUCUCGGGAUAUUCUCCUCGGUGUUAGUGAAUUCUACAUUAAAGAAGGGUCCGUUCACUAUUUCCAUCCAAAUCCAAUUGUCUUGGCGACAUUGUCUUUGUUGCAUCGUGAGGAAAGCAGCGGUUUUCGAAUCAUCCUGAGGGAAGCUGAAGACGAAAGGCCGAUUCUGAAAUUUAUGUUCUGGGCAAAACGCAAGUUUUGUUUUGAAUUUUUGAGUAGCCCUUUAGCAAGGUAUUGUUCAAUAAAAAUUUUUAUUUAAAUUUUUGAGAUUUUUUUCCAAAACUUUUAGGGAAAUCACUCAAUUUUCUGCUCGACUCGGAACGACAAUCCAGACUUUUAUCUCAAGUGAUGCACAGUCUUGAUUAUGAAAUCAAAGGAUCGGCUAGUUUUGGUGGCACCCUCUUCUACGACUAUGUACCAGGUCUGGAUACAGUCCUGAGCAAGUUUGCGAAGGAUGAAAACACCGUCGUUUUACAUGGUUCAGUUUUAAAGCCGGCGGGAAUCAGACGAAGACGGUAUAAAAAGGCGUGUAAGUUUGUGUUCUGCUAUUGGUAAGGCUUGUAAGCCAAAAUUGUAUACAUUUUUUAUUUUUAGACCUGUGGGGACUGUUUGGUCACCCACAAUUAACGAAGCUGAUUUUGGACAACAUUGAUGGGUUUGCGCUGUGUGACUAUUCGCCGUAAGUCUCAAGUGGCGAGGAAAAUGGCGUUACAAAAUGACGUGAAUACCUUGGCCGCUACAGGUCUUUUGACUAAUACAAUCGUAUAGCUCAAAAGCUACAUAUCUUAGGACCUGAUCUAUCUUUUUAUUUCCAUAGGUCAACUAUCUGUAAACCUCCAGUUUCAGCUUUCCCCAGAUGCCAAAUCUACGCCGCAUUACCUCAACACUGCUGCUCGGCGCGAUUGGCUCGGCAUUCUCCUUCCAAUACUACCACGAUCUUUUAGCCGAAUUCGAACUGCAGGCUCCGAACUGCCAGCUACAUUUCAUCAGUAGCAGUUUAAAGGUGCUAGCAGCCAGUUACGAAGCGCACGCGGGGGUGCUCCAACAGCUCGCGACGGCCCUGAAAAAUAUUAUUCAGCUGGCAACGAGAUUUAAAAAUGUCCGCUUCGAAUUUACGGUGGAUGUCAGCUUGACGGAGAGCGUAAGAUUUUCGGAUUCACAAAAAAUACAAAUUUUCCCGACAGUUGUAUAUAGUUUUAGGCACAAUCUCAUCGCGAGGAAUGGCUGCAUGUUGUCGAACCACUCACUCCAUCAUGUGAUAUCGGCUUCGAAAAGAAUUGUUGGACUUACAAGCCGGACCUUUCUGCUUUCAAUGGCGUAAGUAAAUCUGCUGCAUGAUUAGUUUGUUAUUCUUGUUCGCUUCUUUGAUGUAUAUUUAUUCAAGUAUUUUUCAGCCCAACACCGGGUUACAAUUCGAACUCGAAUACUACUUUAGAAACACUGUCUUGGACGAACUGAAUGGCCGGAAUUUACGGGUUUUGGAGUGA